AUGCCACGAAAUACACAGCUCACUUUACAUGCAGAAAGUACUUCAGCAUCGAACGUUUCUUGGAAAUCAUCACAAUCCGGAUCCAUAGGCUCCCCAACAUAUCCUCCUCCUACGGCACGUCUACCGGCUCUGCCUCAACUAUCGAGAGAUCUAGUAUCCACAGCCAAUCUUGGCACUAAAUCCCCAUCUUUCCACCGCGCCGAGCAAACCCGAAGUCAGCAAAAGACGCCUUCCAAAGCACUGUUAGUUCAAGCUUUGAAUCAUGAGCACCAAUCACUAACGUCUGAUACUGGCUUCAGGACUGAUAAGAAUGAACCUGUCGCAGAAAACUUCUCGCGACCUAGGCAGCACAGUGUCAGGGAGCAAAAGGAACUGCCAUCGCUACCUCUUGCUCACCCCAAGAACGACCACACAACGACACUAGUCCCUAGUCACGAAGAUACUGAUCAAAGGGCCCAGUGUAGGUCUCGGACUAGAGGAUUUUCUUUUGGCUCCACGCACCCAACUUCAUCUAAUUCACCCUUAGCCCUCCGAUCAGCAAAUAUUCGGUUAUCACCUUCGAUUCCCGAUUAUCAUUCUCCCGACUCGAUAGACAAUAAAAAUCUAAAUCCAAGCAUCAUGUCAUCCAGGGUUAUCAAAAGUUCAGGUAGAGGAGAUUGUAAUUCAACAUCUGAAGGUAUCCACUCAGUCAGAUACGAUCCUACCCCCCUGCGUAAUUUUAUUGAUGGAGAAGAAAUACGCUCUUCCUUCCGAUCAGUAGUUACUUCUAAUUCGAGCUUUCUUGGCACAAGCGGGACCGAACGUAGCAGCGUCUUGACAAAAAGCAGUUCCCGGACAUCAAUUUUUGCACUUGAUGAAGGUAUGAGUGUAGAUGAUGCCAUCGGAAUGUAUGAAGGAGGCUUCACCGAUCAAACAGAUGUUGAUGACAACGAUGAUGCGAAGCUUGACGCAACAAAUUCUGACAAAAAUGAUACAAGUUUUGGAAUAUUAUUAACAGAUGAUUUACUAAUACUCUCACAUGAUAACGAGUUAUCGCUUCGGAAUCCUAAUUCUAUUUUUGACGCAGGUGGAUGUGAGACGCCAAGGGUGUCUGAAAAUGAAGAAAAUAAUAUACUUACAAUUGAUAAACCUGUCGAAUUAGACGAUGCAUCAUCAGAUGUACCCAAAUCAACACUAAUUGCGGUUCAACUAGAUGAAACUCGCGAUCGUUACGGCUUUCGGAAGAAGACACAGCAUGUUACUUUAGAAGAGUAUGAGGCUUGGAAUCAAUCAUAUACCGAGUAUCUUGCUCGCCGCAAAAGAAAAUGGAUUACAAUGAUGAGGCAGCACAAUCUAUCAACCACUAGUCCACAGGAUUUCCCCCCAAAAUCACAUAAAGUUAAGCGUUUUGUCCGCAAGGGUAUACCGCCAUCAUGGCGUGGCGCAGCCUGGUUUCACUACGCUGGUGGACCAUCUAUGCUCGUGAAAAAUCCAGGAGUUUACGACGAUUUAGUCAAGCGCUCGCUUGCGGGUCAUGUAACAGAAACAGACGACGAAAUCAUCGAACGGGACCUUAAUCGCACUUUUCCAGAUAAUAUCAAGUUCAAGCCUGAUCCCGAUCCAUUAGUUCCUAUCCCACAAGAAGAGAUUCCCGAAACUCCCAUGUUACAAUCUUUACGGCGUGUCUUGCGUGCUUUUUCAAUCUAUCAUCCUAAGAUAGGUUAUUGCCAAUCUCUGAACUUCUUAGCCGGUCUUCUUCUUCUGUUUAUGCCCGAAGAGAACGCAUUUUGGAUGUUAAACAUAAUUACACGCAUAUUUCUCCCAGGAACUCACUCACUCACGCUUGAGGGCGCCAAUAUAGAUCUGGGUGUAUUAAUGACAUCUGUCAAAGAAAUGAUGCCAUCUGUGUGGACCAAGAUUGGAAAUGAGCUAGACGGCCAACCAUCUAUCUCAGAAAGUAACUCUAUGCGCCUGCCGCCAAUAACUCUAUGUACUACCGCUUGGUUUAUGUCCUGCUUUAUCGGUACACUACCAAUCGAAUCGACGUUACGCGUGUGGGACUCCUUCUUCUACGAAGGGUCUAAAACUCUUUUUCGUAUCGCAUUGACUAUCUUCAAGCUUGGAGAACCACAGAUCAAGGCAGUCGGCGAUCCAAUGGAAAUUUUCCAGGUUGUCCAAGCAAUCCCUCGAGGAAUGAUAGAUUGUAAUCGGCUAAUGGAGUCUUGUUUCAAGCGAAGAGGAGGAUUUGUAAGAUUAAGUCAAGAUGAUAUUGAGCGCGGGCGUGCAGAGCGAAGACGUGGAUACGCUGAAGAACGGGAUAGAAUUGCCCAGGCUACAAAUAUGGCCACUACUAAAACUCCAAAAUCUAAACCAGUGGUCAAAAAAGGCAAUUCAUUCUUUAGCAAAGGGAAGAAAGAGAAAUCAGAUGCAGCUCUAAUUGACUAA